AUAUUAAGAAAAAAAAUAUUUAAACAAUCUUUAAUUGUGGACGAAAAUAAUGAAAUAGGAAAAGUUUGGAAUGAUACUCUUUCAUUAGGAACUGAUACAUACAUAAUUAAAUUUCAUAACAAUCUAUUAACCAAAUAUAAGGGUACAGAAUUAACGAUACCGUUUAGAGACUAUAUGGUGUUUAUUCAAUCAUAUUAUAAUGCAGCAAGUAUCUAUUAUUUUUCGAGGAUGUAUGAAAAGGCACUCAUAGUGAUAGAAGAUGGUGUGAAAUUCAGUUGUAAAGUUUUUAGUAAACGUUUUAAAAAUGAUCGUAGUAUUAUAGAUAAAGGGCAGUUCAAUGUAUGGAGUUGGCUGUUCCGGCUAUUAGUACAAGACAUAUCAAAAAGGAUUCCUGAGACUACACUUAGAAACAUUUUCAAAAUAUCAGAUAUAGAUGAAAAGUUAUACCAUCCCAAAUUAAAAAUUGAAAAUCAAGUCUUCCCCAGUUCAGUAGUAUUAUUCUAUCGAAGAUAUUUCUUAAAUGAUGAAAUAAUUGAAGAAAAAACGAUGGAAAUCUUUAAAGACUGGGCAAAUAAAAUAGAUGUUAAUUCCAUUGACAAAGAUAUUAUGUAUACCAAAAAUAUUUCAAUGUACAGUUUUUUAGUGUUCUUCAGUUUCGGAGAAAAAUAUGAAGAUAAAUUAGAAAAUAUAAUCAAAGCAAUUCAAUUGCCGGUAUUAUCGGUCGAAGAUAGAUUAUUAAACUAUAAAGCAAAUCAAUUGGCAGAGGAAUUUAUUUCAUUCUGUUUGGAUGAGUCUGAGUUAUCAUAUUAUAUGCCUUGUUAUUCGAAAAUUAAAAAACAGAUGGAACAAAAUCAGGGGUUUCCAGCUUUAAUUAUGACGGCGUAG